AUGGGAGGGUUAGGGGUAAGAGACAUACAGUUGUUUAACGUCGCCCUUUUAGCCAAACAAGCCUGGCGAAUCGUCACAGCCCCCAACUGUCUACUCUCACGCGUGCUCCUGGGAAGAUAUUGCCAGAACAUCAGCUUUGUAGAUGUGUUACCAACGUCAAAUGCGUCUCACGGCUGGAGAAGUGUACUUAAGGGGAGAGAUUUACUAAUCACCCAACUGGGAAAAGCUGUAGGAGACGGAAACUCAACCCGAGUCUGGAAAGAUCGUUGGAUUUUGAGUAACAAUACGGGCACACCAGUAGGUCCACCGAAGGAAAUGGAUCGCGACCUCAUGGUCUCGGACCUGUUGACUAGAGGGACUAAUGAAUGGAAUGUUGCAAAGAUUAAAGACCUCUUCCCCUCCUUAGCUUCAUGCAUUAAAAGCAUCAUCCCAAGUUUACUGCGAGCUCCUGAUGAAUUUAUUUGGAUACCUAACAAAGAUGGUAGAUAUACCACAAAAUCAGGGUACACUAGUGCAGUAAAGUAUAACUCUCUACUUGAAAAUGGAGGAUCCCCACUACCAGUUCUCGAGUGGAGUAAGAAGGUUUGGGCCUCUCAGUGUCUCCCUGAAAUCAAAUUAUUCAUGUGGAAACUGAUGCAGGGGGCUCUGCCGCUUGGUGCGAACUUGGAGAAACGAGGAUGCGGCUCAACUUACGGUUUUGACCCUGAUCAAUUCUCGUCCUUAAGCGAGGCGUUACUGUCGGGAAUGAGAACCAUUUGCCUACCACCAACGGGUGUUUCACAACCCAUCUUCCCUUGGAUAUGCUGGUGCCUUUGGACAUCAAGAAACAAGUUGAUUUUUGAGAACAAGGUCCUCUCAUCGUCUGAGGUCUUGUCCCUCUCGAUCACAAGUGCAAGAGAAUGGUGGCUGGCGCAACCCACAGCAAUGAAGGCACCCCGUCAACCCAACCUGAUAAUUCCAACUUUAAAUGCAGAAGUCAACUGUGUCUCUGUGUUUACAGAUGCAGCAUGGAGAGCUUCUGAUGGCGCUACUGGAUGUGGGUGGAUCUUUAAAGACUCAACCCGCCAGAGUACUCAGCAUGGGUCUAAAUGCUUCGACAACACCGCGUCUGCCCUUACUGGCGAAGCCUUAGCGAUUUGUCUGGUCCUUUCACACGCCCUUUCACUGGGAUACACCAGAGUCUGUGUUUUUUCAGACUGUCAAGUGCUCGUGAGAGCAAUCUGUUCGAAGUCAUCACCGGUCGAACUCUACGGAUUAGUCUGCGACAUCGAACUUCUAUCCUCCUUGUUUGAUUAUUGCACUUUGUCUUUUAUUUCUCGUUCCCUAAACUUGGAGGCUGAUCUACUUGCUAAAUCAGCCCUUUAUAAUGCUGCACUCACCACAUGA